UUUGCACCGAUAAUGACAUGGCGCAGGAAGUUGAAACUGAUGAAAGAAAACUACUAUGAAGACGGUUGAGAGUAUGUAUAGUAAUGACUGACUGUACCACAGAUGAUGUCAAUACUCGGCAGGUCAAGGGUGCCUUGGCAGUCAUCAGUAACUUCAUUAAACAGAAAAAAUACACCCUUGCAUUAGCAGAAUGUGAAUCUGCAAUUCAAACAUUUGGAGAACAUGAGAAGUUAAAAGAGAGGAAGAUCAAGAUUCUGUGCCAUCAGGGGGACUUUGAUCAUGCAUAUACUAUAGCAAAACAAUGGUUUGAGGAUCAACCACAGAGUGCUCUAGCAGCUAAAGAAGUUAAAAGAUUACAAGUUGUUAUACAGGCCUUACAAGAUGGGGAUUCAGAUGAGGAUGAUUUGGAAGAACAAGCAGGUCCAUCAGAAGAUAUAUCUCCUUUAUUGAAUAGUGAAGAAAGGAGGAGUGUAUCUCCUGAUAAAGUGCCUAGCAAUAAUGAUGUCAGACCAACAGAGCUACCUUGUUGGUGUGACUUCUGUGACAUGAAAUUUACCUCAGAAGCAGAACUAGAAACUCACUGUAGAAGUGACUUACAUAAGAAAAAGAUAACAUCAGAUGAAGAUGGACGGUGGAGAUAUCGCUAUCCUCCGAGAGGUCUUUCCAGUGAGGAAUAUACAUUAUGUAGAAGUUUUGUGGAGACUACCAAAUGCCAUCUUGGUGAAAAAUGUACUCAGGCCCAUUCAACUGAAGAACUGGAAGAAUGGAAAGAAAGAUUCAAGUACAAGAAAGAACAGAUGAAGAUUGCUAGAGAAAAACAUCUACAUGGUACUACAUAUGCUGAACAGCUGAUGGAAAAGCUUGUUAAUAUGGAUAAUCCAAAGUCACUGAUGGUACAAAAUGUUGAAUAUGCAAAAAUCCAUUUGAACUCUGACCUUAAAGUUAGUAUGACAUCUAAGAAAUGCACCAAUGCUUGGACCUUUACACUAACUAGCAAGAUACCUCUACACAGAGUAACCUUGUUAGAUGACACAAACAGAAUUUACUUUUACAUUGCCAGUGUAUCUGUGGGACCAAAGAAAACCCAGAAAUAUCAAAAUAUAGAAAAUAACUGUCAGGAAUGGGUUAGUCCUGAUUAUAAUAAAUCUGCAGCGGAACAUGUUUAUAGAAUAAAGGUAAUAUUCAAAACAGACAUAUAUGGCACAUUUCGACAGACGUUAGUGUUUGAUUUUGGUAUGGAACCAUUGUUAAGUAGAGAAAUGCAGAUAGAAUCAGCUCCUAUCACUGAUACAGAAAAGUUGUCAAAAGAUCUUCAAAUGACUGACCAAGGCAGAUGGACGAAUGAAAAUAUACAACUAACUGAAUAUGAAAAUAAGACAAAUGAUUAUUCUUUAGAUGAGAAGAAAUUGUUGACUAAAUACUGUUUACCUGAAAGUGAUAAAUUUAGAAUAGCUGAACACUUGAUGCAUCCAGCUUCAAAAGAAACUUACCGAAUCUGGAUGCAUGAAAUGUUAUAUUUAGAGGAAUGGGCUCAACUGGAAAAUAUUGCAAGGUACAAUGUCCAGACUGAGCUUCAAGUAGUAGAUAAAUUCAUGUUGGUGCCUGGAUCACUGAUAGGUGGGGCUAAAUAUGCUCAUGAAGGUCAAAUGUUUGCACGUGUGCAACUAAAAGAGAAUUUGUCUGAAGAUUCUGUUGGUGGAAGAUUGAUAAUGAACUCUCAAGUUGCUUGGUUAUCUGAAGUUACUAAAACACCAGUUCCAACAGGGGAACUUAGAAAAGUUUAUGAAGUUAUUGUUGAAGAUAAAGGAAAAGAUUUUAUAUUUUUACGAUUAUCAAAGAAAUGUGUAUCUGAUUUAGGAUUGAGUAACGAUGACAAUAUUGAAGUAGAGAUCCAGUUUCAGUUAAAUAGGCUAUCUAAGUGUGAGAUGCAUGCAGCAAUAGAUGGUAUAUCCACCUUAGAUUUAGUGUUUCCUCCUCCAGACAAAAUACCCACAACGUUCUGGGCAAGUACAGAAAAAGAGUUCUGUGAUUUAGUGAGUUCAAAGUUGAAUAGUAAACAGAAAGAGGUGGUGUGUGGGAUAACUGCUGGUCGGGAUCUCAGCUUACCUCCCUUGUUAUUGCUUGGCCCAUAUGGGACUGGAAAGACUUAUACUCUGGCGCAGGCUGCCGUCCAAUCCUUAGAAGAUGAUAAUUCUAGAAUAUUAAUUUGUACUCAUUCAAAUAGUGCUGCUGAUCUAUAUAUUAAGGAGUUCAUUCACCCACUUGUUAAAGAAGGAAAUUUAAAGGCAGUUCCAUUACGUAUAUAUUAUCGUCAUCGGUGGAAACAGACAGUUCCAGAUGUAGUGCUACAGUACUGUCCGCUAGACAUGUCAGGGAAAUCUAACUUCAGAAUGCCUACCAAGGAAGAUGUAGAGAAGCACAGAAUCAUAAUAACAACACUAAGUACAGCUAGAUAUCUGUGUGACCUUAACCUUGCUAGAGAUGCAUUUUCACACAUCAUAGUGGAUGAAGCUGCCCAAGCAUUGGAAGCAGAAUGUUUAAUUCCACUAUCUCUGGCUGGACCUCAUACCAAGAUUAUAUUAUCAGGAGAUCAUAUGCAGAUGAGUCCAGAGAUUUAUUCAGACUUUGGUAAACAACAGGGCUUUGACAGAUCCCUUUUAGAACGUUUGUAUGACUUGUAUCCAGAUAAAUGUCCUUGCAGUAUGAUGUUAUGUGAAAAUUACAGAUCACACAGGGAAAUCAUUGAUUUUACCUCCGAUCUUUUCUAUGAUCAUUUGUUAGUAGCCAGUGGAAACCAGCCACCUCAUCCCAAAUACCAUCCACUCACAUUCUUUACUGUACGGGGAGAAGAUUUACAACAUCAAAAUUCUACAGGAUUCUACAAUGUUUCAGAGAUAUAUGAAGUAAUAGACAGAGUGACGGAUUUAAAGAAUAAUUGGCCAGAGGAGUUUGGUGAUAUUAAUGAUGGAGGAAUUGGAGUUUUAUGUCAUUAUGCUGACCAGGUGUAUAGAAUACGUUCAGAAUUGAGAAAAAGAAAAUUAUAUAAUGUCAGUGUAGAAAGAAUUUAUAACGUGCAAGGUAAACAGUUUCGAGUUGUAAUAUUGAGUACUGUACGGACUCGACAUACAUGUGAGACACAGCAGGAGGACUAUAUGGACUAUGGUUUCUUGUCAAAUGUUAAAUUACUGAAUACCGCCCUGACCAGAGCUCAGUCAUUAGUAAUUGUAGUUGGAGAUCCUCUGUCUCUUUGUCUAGUCGGAAAAUGCAGGAAAGUAUGGGAGUGUUAUUUAGAAGAAUGCAAAGAAAAUGGCAGCUUUUAUGGAAUGCCAUGGGAUGCCUUUAAAGCUCAAAUUGAAGCAGCAGAGAGAAGAAAGACCUAUGUGUUGAACCCUCUAGCUCCAGAAUUUGUACCUAACAGAUUAUAUCAUCCACAGCAUGGAGAAAAUACUAACAUACCCCACCAGUUUGCAGCACAGGUUAACCAACAACCAUGGUAUUUAAUGGGACAGAGAAUGAUGUACCCAGGCAUGCACCUACCAACUCAGCCACUUCAGCCAUAUAUGCCUUUACAGUAUCACCCAGGAUACUACCAGCCUUUAAUGUACAGACCAUAUUUACACCAAUAUGUCGGUGGAGGUAGAAUGCCUCAAGGUAAACUUCAUCCAAGAGGAGUCAAUCCUAGGCUUACAGUCCCAGUCCGGGCAGCAAAGAUAGCUGAUAAAGAUAAGAGUGGGAGAGAGUCACCAGUAGGUGGCAAAAAGUCGGGUCGACCUAGAACCAUGAUGUAUGUGCCAAGAGGUCCUCUUCCUUAUUAUCCUGCUGUACAUCCACAUUAUAAUCCAUAUAACCCUGGGUUACCUUAUUACAUGGUUCAAGAAGAUCAUCGAAUGGCUGCCAUGCUUCGUCAUCCUUACUCCAUCUAUCCUCAGCAUCCGUAUCAUCCUGCUGGCAAUUUUAUUCCGUUUCAAAACUCUCCUCCAUCUCAUGGCAGUGAUGAUGGAAGCAGACAUUCGGAUGAUGGUCGUGACUCAAGGUCAUUAUCACCAGCAGCACAAGGACAAAAUGUAACACCAGGCACAUCUCCCAGCUCAACUAUAGCAGGCCAGCCCAUUCAUUUUCUGCCAAAUGUCAAACAUGUGCCAGUUCAUUUGUUUGGUCAGAGAUCAAGAACUCCCACAGGAAAUUCAAGAUCUAGCACCCCAAGAGAAACUGAUUCUCCAUUAGAUAUUUCAUCUGAAGUAAAAGGGGAGGCUCAAGGUGAAAUGGACUACAUGGCAAUGUCUCUAGAUACACAUGAAAGAAGGUCUUCAGCUCAAAGUCCAUUGGGGCGAGUCAUUGCAUCAGCUCAGCGCAGACAAGAGGCUUCAUCUACUGUAACAACAUCUUAUGAGAGCAGAACAGAAACUCAUACACCAACACGAUAUUCUGAGGAGAGAACACUGGCACAACAUAAAUCUGCACUGAAAAUAUCAACAGGAUUCAGUAGACAGUUCAGUGAGGAUAUGAAAACACCAACAGAAAUAAAGAACUUAGUUCAAAUGAUAGAUGACGAAUCGGCAGCAGACGAACGUUCAUUGAAGUCAACAAAUCCUAUUCCAAUACCAAAGUCUGCAAGAACCAAUGAAAACUCCACAGGUUCAGCACCAAGUCGAUUAUUUCUCAAGAUACCAACACAAAGAGAAAUAGCGGAAUCUACUGAAUCACUUUCAACAAGUUCUUCAGAAAGUAGUGAUGGAAGACCAACUUAUGCAAGAGUAGUACGCAAACGUUUACCCUCAGGAAGUGCUGAUAUAGAUAAUAUAGAGCCUCAGACACCACACACACCGGCUGGUUUUACAACUCCUGGAGCUGAAGUGGAUACAGAUCCUCUGGGGAUACUUAGGAAUCUUACCAUCAACUCAUCUUCUGAAAAUCAGAGAACAUAUAAGUACUUCUCCUAGAGAAUGUGUCAUCAGUUUAAACGUUCAUUAUUAUUUACAUUGUUGUUGGUUGAGUUUUGUUAUGAACUUGUUUUUGUUUGAUUUUUAUGUAGGAAAUCUAAUUAUUUUAACUUCCAAGAUUUCUAUGGUUGGCAGCAGUCUUAAUAGUAAUAUGCUGACUUUUAGAAAUGUGUUAAAAUAUUGAUGAUGGAAAUUAAUGUAAAUCUUUAUAUUGACAAAUAUAUUGUUAAAAAUGUGUAAUUGUACAUGUUAUAAUGCCUUUGAUAAUAAGCUUAAUGGGGUUAGACCAGGGUUAAAGGGAGAUAACUUUUUAAUCAUUAUUACAUUUGUAAAAUAUGGUUUUAGUGAUUUUAAAGCAUUUAUGUGACACAGUUUCAAAAUAAUCUGUGUUAUCUAGAAGCUUAGAAUAUAUAUAUAAAAAUGAUUUUUACACAAACGUUCUAGUGAUUUUUCAAGUUGUUUCCUUAGGCUAGGUCUAGCUCCUGAAACGAUGUAAAGAAUAAUUAUUUUUGUAGCAGAGGUAGUUAAAUAUUUUUCCUUAAACAUAUUGUAGACAUGUUGUAUUAGUGGUAGCUAGAUUAACAUUUAAUUCUGUAUAUUCAUAGUGUAUAUUUACUGGCUUGAUUUAAUUAUAAGGGUCCAAAAAUAGACAAGUUAGUUUUGGGGCUACUUUGUCAAUCAUAGAUAUUUGCUUGUUAAAUUUUUAAAAAACAAUUUGUAAAAUAAAAUGCCCAAAUCACUUUGAAAUCUGUUUUUGGAUUCUCCAUUUAUUAAGAUAGAAACUAUAUACAGUAGUAAAUUGCACUUGCAUUAUGUUGGGUUCAGAUUUAAAUAUAUUUAUAUGCUGCACACAGUUUUGUUUUAUUAAUAUGUAUCAAAGUUUUUCAGUAUACAUAUGAAUAUUAUAUAUAUGAAUACAUGUGUGUGAUUUUAUUCAGUCAUUAUUUACUAAAGAAAAAUAUGCUUUUUGGAAAAAGAAUAUUUGUUGAUUUAAACAGGAAUAGUGUGCUUUCUGAUAAAUAUCAAUAUUUGUAAGGUAACACUUUCCAUGGUGUUAAUUUUUAAUGACUGAUGACACUAGGUGAAAUGGUAUGAGAACUGAAACCAUGGACAUUGGUGCCAAGGAAUUGUGUUUCUAUAAGAUUAAUUUUUUUUUGAAAAUAUGCUACAAUAUCUUUGUUUGUGCAUAAAAGUAAUAUGAAUAUAUAUUUUUGCAUACAGAAUUAUUUUUAAAUACUAAUUAUUUGAAAUAUAGAUGUGAGUUUAAGUAAAAUGUAUAUGAUAUGGAAUGAUAUAUCUGCUUAAAGCAUUAUAGCAAUCAUAUAAAUUAUUUGAUGACUCCAUUAGUGCUUAUAAAAUUAACGUUUUACAGAUAAACCUGUUCUUUUUGUCAAGAUACCUCAGCUUUAUCGACAAUCUUUAAAACUAUUAUGGUAUCUUUUUUUUUUUUGUUACACCUUCUAUUAUUGUCCAUUUUAAUGAUGCAAACAAGUGCUAAACAGUAUCUCUUUAUUAAAGUCUUAAAUAAAUGUAAUAAAGGACAGUAAGAAUAUUUAAGAAGUACUCUUUGUUAUUUCUAAUGUUUUAAGUAAAAUAAUAGUGUCUUUCUAAUCUAAAAGGAAUAGCCCUAAAUAAGCAGAUUUGAAAACCUAGAUAAAUUAACUUAUAGCUUCGGGAUGCACAGUAAAGUACUAGUAUAAUCAUAUCUUAAAUACCAGAAAAAUAACCCAAUAAUAAACGCUCUGGACCAUAGUCUCACCAGAACAUAUAUAUGCUAUUAAUAUAGCCAUGCAAUUUAUACAAAAUAUUGGAACAAUUAAAGGAUAGGGUAUUAUGUGUACAGAUUUACAUGUAGUUCGUUAUAUGGACUGAAAGUUCAAGUAAUUAAUACUUAACACCAUGUUCUUUUAGAUAAACAGUUUAUAUACAUGGGUCCUGCAAUAGUUAACUAAUAAUCUGCCAUUGCGACAUAUUCCGUAUGCCUUGCAUUUCAAUUUUCCCAGUUGAAGACAAUGUACAUCAAUAUAUAUAUAUAUAUAUAUAUAAAUUGGAACUGAUACUGUUAUCAGUAGAAAAGAAAUAUGUGUAUACAUGUAUCUUCUUUUCCAAGUUCUGAUGAAUUUGUUAAGUAAAUGUUUAUGUUAUGAACUACUGUAAAUUCAGAAAUUAUUGCGAGGUUUUUAUUAAUGCGAAUAAUGCGAGUGGAUGAAGGUUGCAAUAAUAAGAUCUCGCAUUCUGAUAUCUGAUACUUAUAUCUGUAUGCAGAUUUUCCUGAAAUCGCAAUAAUUAAUCUCGCAUUUUAGUCCAUUCUUAAAAAAUCGCAAUAAUAAAUGCACGCAAUAAUUUCUGAAUUUACAGUAUUGAAGAUUAUUAUAUUUUUGUUGAAGUUAAAAAGUCCUCAUGAUACAGAUAAUGGGCAUUGGAAAAGAAUAUUUAUAAUUAUUAAUCAAGAUGGCAUAAUUGUUUCUAGUAACUGUUUUCCCCAAAUUAUUGAUUUUAGAAAAUAGACUUUGACUACUUCAGAAGUAAUUCUAGAUGGCAGGACUAUUCAAUAGCCCUGUGAAUAAAAUGUAUGGGUGAUGGUUGUCUAAAAAUCAACCUUAACAUACAGUAUGGAAAAAAUCAACAAGAAUACUAAAGGGUAAACAUAAAAGUACUUUCAAAUUCACCAUACAUCUAUAUCUGAAAGUAAAAAGUAAUUAUAAAUGUGCAUUUUCAAGUGUACAAAUUCCUAUCUAGCUACUUUUUAAUCUUCAGAGUCACAGUUAGAUUUUAUCUUUAUUCGGUCUAAUUUUCUUCAUUUAUUUAACUCUGUAAUACAGUGUUAUUAACUUACACUACCUCAAAGUAAUGUAAUUAUGUUUUACACUGAAAACAACUAUCACAAUUUGGGAAUAAAAUUAUCACAUAACAAACCAAUUGAUUUUCAUUAUUAGAUCAAAAAGUGUUAUUUUCAAUUCCUAAAGAAACAUUCAAUAAAACAUGAAGUCAAGUCAGAAAUCUUGAAUUGUUAUUAGGAUUUUACCUACUACUAUAUUAUGCCUGUAUACAGUUGCUUUUGUUCAUUGUUAUUUAAAUAUCUCGGUUUUAAUAUCUUGGGUGUAAGCUUUAGGCGGAUGCAGUAUACUAAAUGUGAUUGCUCAAGUAGAUAAGACACUACAAUGUUAAGAAAAAAGUAGCUCUGCAUCCUCAGUCAAUUUUUAAAUAUCUAUGAAUUUUUAAUCGAGCCUUUCAUUUCAUUUCAAUGUAAAAUAUGUGAAGUGGUGGAAAAUUUUCUGGUUUAUGAAGGAUGAAUUGGAAGGACCGUUGCAGCCUUAUAUCAUGGCAUGUAGAAAAAAGUUAAUUGUGAUCUAACAUCUAAGAUUUCAAGCUACCAGCAAAGUUUAUUAUGAGCAAGUGUCUGAUAAUAUUAUAGUGUAAUAUUAACAAUGGAAUGACCCUAGCAAAAAUGCUAAACAUAGGAUGCAUGCAAAAGCUUCAUUUUAAGUGGAUCUUUAACGGAUGAUCCUAAACAUCAAUCAUGAAAAUUUGCAAUACUAUCUAAAAUAAUUAGUGCUAAAUUAAUAGUUUCAGUUGGGUUCAAUAACAUCUAAGAACAUAAUAAGUUAUUCAUCAGUGUUUGUGUUUGAGCUUUCACAAUUUAGUAUAUGUAAGUGUGUAGAAAUUAUGCUGGAGUAAAAUUAUUUUAUAACAUUAACUUCGUACCCCCAAUCAAAUAUAAAAUAUAGCUAUAUUUAAAAAUACUGGUAUUUACAUGUGUAAUUAAUGUAUGUAUAGAUGGAUGUAAUUUUACCGUAGUUCUUGCUUGUUAUAUUGUUGUACUAAUGUUAAAAGCUUAUUUUGAGUGUUGCCUAUUUAUUUUACCAUGAAAUAAUGGUAAAGGUGUUAUUUUUUCCUUUUUGUACAUUUGAUAUUGUGAUACAAAAAGUUGCAUGCAAUUUAUUACUUCAGAAUUCUGGUGUGGCGGCCAUUUUCCUUCUGCUACUGCUAAUUGUAUAUCAUGUUUUAUUACAAUGGACCUUUAGUAAUUGUUACUUUUUGUCUGCACAAUUCAUAAAAUAUUGACGUUCUUGGAUCUUCAUGUGAAAUAAUGCAGAUUCAAAGAUCAAGGAAUGUUUUAUAUCACUCUUAGUUUGUUUGUGAUUGUAACACAUUUACUAACCCAAAACAUUGUCAUUUAUGAUUCAUUGGUCAUUGAGGUUAUAAAUCUAAAGGCCUAGUUGUACAUUAAAUACUGGAAACAUGCUUUAAAAUUUGAUUUCCAUUAGAGACUAAAUAUGUUUACAAAUUAAAGCUGCAUAAAAAAUUAACAGCUUGCAGUGUUAAAGUGCCUUUGAGAUGAUAUUUCAGUGACUGAAUUUUCAUUGUUCAUUCAUAAUUUGGUUAAUAUAUAAACCUGAAGUGUCCAUAACAUGAAAUAUAGUUAGCAGUGGUGGUAGAGAAAAUGUCCUGACUGUUACACUAAAGUUUUAGACUUCAAGCUAUAUAUAGUAUUUAUAUUCCUUGCUUUGUAUUCACUAGUGAUUAAAUGUAGUUAGCACAGAAA